AUGGCCGACUGGUCGAAGCUCAAAGUCGUCGACCUUAAAGCCGAGCUGAAGAGCCGUGGCCUGCCUUAUGCAGGGCUAAAGGGGGAGCUGAUUGCUCGAUUGGUCGCCGCCGACGAGGAGGCAGCGCAACAGGAGGAAGAAAAUCCGGAAGAAGAGGAGAAGCCACGAGAACCAGAGCCAGAGCCAGAGGUUCAGCCGGAGCAACAAGUUCAGCCCGAGAUCCAACCAGAGGCGCAGCCAGAGGCACCCACAGAGACAGUGACUGUCGAGACACAGAAUGCCGAAGCCGCUCCAGAACCAGCCGCGGCGAAGCCUCCCUCACCCAUCAAGGAACGCGACCCGACUCCCGAUGACAAGGCCGACGCUAUUCCUUCUGAAGCUGCAAAAAGCGAUGACACUGUUCAGGGCGGUGAGGCAGCGACCAGCAGUCUUCCGCCGGCUGAAGUGACUCCAGCUCCCCUCGAACAAGUUACUUCUUCGUCCUCCCCCAAACCCGAAGAACGGUCAACUGCACAGGCUUCCAUCGAACCGACACCAGAAGCCCAGAAGCGCAAGCGACGCUCGCACAGCCCUCUGCCCACCGAAGAAGACAUAGCCCGAAAGCGCGCACGCUCUGACACGACUGCAAACGGCGACGAGAUUCAUGCCACGGCCGAAGCGAACGAAGCCGAUGUUGAUAUGACCGAUGCUGGCGCGCCUGAUAUCACGCCACAGACGGUCGACAAGGGUGAAUCUGCUACCAAGGUUAUCCAAGAUUCGCGUAAAGAGUCGCCUUCACCAGUCGCCCUCGCUCCACCUGUUGAGAUGGAAUUUGAAAGAGACAUAGAGCCGGCGGUGCACACUCCCACUGCCGCCCUCUACAUCAGCAAUCUCAUGCGCCCCUUGCGCGAUGUCGACAUUCUUGAGCAUCUUGGUAAGCUGGCGUCUACAUCCAGCGCAGAUUCAGGGCAAGACCGCAUUGUCAAGUUUUAUCUGAACUCAAUCCGCACCCAUGCAUUUGCUGUCUUUGAUACGGAGCUGUCUGCCACUCGGGUUCGCGCCGCGCUGCAUAAAUGCGUCUGGCCAAACGAAAGCAAUCGCAAGGCACUUUCGGUCGACUAUAUCCCUCCCGGAAAAGUGGAUGAAUGGAUUGACGUAGAAAAAGCUGGCGGAGCACGGUCUUCUUCCCGCUGGCAGGUGGUAUACAGACCUGGGCCAGAUGGUUUCGAAGCUGUGUUGGAAUCCGGAUCUGUAUCGAAAGCAAGACCAACUGAGCCACCACCUCCAUCCAACAUUGGUGCCGAUAGUACCAAUGCCAUCCCCAUUGGUCCUCGAAGCCACCGUGAACGUGAGCGAGAGCGGGAUCGUGAUCGUGGCAUGAUGCCUCCACCACCCACGGGGCCAAGAGGUGGGCGACCAGGAGCAGGAGCAGGAGCAGGACCCGGUGGCCGACUCAGUAUCAGUCCCCUGGACCAUGUCGUGGAGAAGACUCACUCUCUGCCUCCCAUCUCAUACCAGAUGGUCUCUGAGGAUCUCGCCCGCAGCCGCUUGGACAAGAUGCGAGGCCACUACACUCGCGACAAGUCCCGUGAUUUUGGACGGGAAAUCAACCGCUAUUCCUUUGAAAAUGGAGACGUCUUUGUAGACCGCGGCAAAGAGGUUUUCGAGGGAAUCCGACCUCCUCACCGUGAAGGAGAUCGCCGUGGUGGAGGCGGCGGCGGCGGACGAGGAGUUCGUUCGCAAGGCCGAAGAGGACCGCCGCCACCUUUCCGACAGAGGAGUGAUAGGUACCUACCU